AUGAAUCCGCCAGGUCCCAUGCCCAACGGAGUCCCCCAUCCACAACAGAGUGACCGCAUGGAUCAGACAUGCGAAGGCCAUUCUCAGUCGCGGGAUGACCUCAAUGUACUCAACCAACUCCAAUCAGCCGACUUUUACAGGGCGGUGGCCAAGAUCCUGGAAUUUCGAACGAUAUAUAUGCAAGAAAAACGAAUCUUCAUCAAAGGGGAAGCACUCAUUCCAGUCUUGCAGGGACUCGGCGCAAGACAUGAUGAUUUCGAACACAUGAGACUCAUCAGCGACCUUCUCGGCAAAGAUCCCACCGUAGAUUAUCGGACCAUUGGGUUGGGCCAGUUUGCUCUCGAUCCGGAGAAAUGUGAGGCAAUGCGACUGGAGGACCAGGUCUUCGCUCUCACAGAGGAGGAAAACUACAAGCGUAAUGACUUAGGAUUCGUUUGGGAUUUUCCACCUCUGAGCUCUGAAUUCCAGCAUAACACCGUUGUCCAAGCACUGUUUGUAUUCAAGUCGAUCAUGAUGCAAAGGUUCCCCGUGGACCGGCGCCAGGGGCUGGACUAUGAUAGUGAUAGCUGGAUCUGUAAUUGUUUCAAUGUCCGCACCUUCACUAAGAAUGACAUCCAGCGUCAUCCCGCCCUGGAAGGGGUGCAUGAAGAUGGCGGGGAUCACACAAUGACAGUACUCUUGCACUCUGAGAACCUUCGCAAAGACAGUGGAGUCACGCUGUUUCAUGAUAAUAGCGAGACCACAGGGAUCUCGGGGUAUGAAGCCGAACCUGGUCUCAUCGUCGACCGAUUUCAGCACCGCCACUAUUUGGAUACCUUGAUGUUUGCUGACAACAGCUACAAGCACAGUGUGUCUCCUGUGCAUCAAUCUCGCGAGGAAAAUCGUGCCGUUCGAGAUAUGCUGGUCCUCAUCACUCGGAAGCCUAAGCUGCCCGGGCAUCCCUCAAAAAUCAUGGACUCAAUGGGACCGAACCGACGAAUCCCAUUGCGGUUUCCGCUAUGGCUACCUGGGUCCUCGCAUAUCCCGAUAAAGACUGAGAGGGUGGAUCUGGGUUAA